AUGAUAAUCCCAGAGAUGAUGCAGUACGACAGCUUUUUCUUCGAUUUAGAUGGAGUUGUAUGAGAAGCAGAAUCUGCAUUGCCAGGAACAGUGGAUUUUAUCAACCGUCUACACGCUUUAGGUAAAAAAGUCUACUACAUCUCAAACAACGCAAGCAGAAAACGAAAAGACUUUAUAAAAGCCCUUAACGAAAUCGGUAUCCAAGCUGAGCUCGACACUAUUUUAUGUGCAGCUUAUUCUUGCUCUCUUUACCUCCACCAAAACUAUCCUUUAAAUACAAAGGUUUUUGUGAUCGGCCGUGAAGGAUUAAUUGACGAAAUAAAAGAAGCUGGCUACGAAGUGAUUGACGGGAAUUCUUAUAAAAAUACAGUUUUUGCAGCACAUAGAGACUUUUUAGAGCUAGAAGUAGACCCUGACGUAAAAGCGGUCAUAGCUGGUUUUACUUUUGAUUUUAAUUACACAAUGCUUAGCUAUGGGUCGAAAUGCAUACAAAGUGGAGCAAAAUUGGCGACAGGGAAUUAUGACCAUUAUGAUAGGUUUGGGAAAUACAAUGCUCCAUCAUGUGGAUGCAUUGUUGAUGCUUUGAGAUGUGCGUCAGGAGUCCAAGAGUUCGAAAAUUUAGGGAAACCUAAUACUUAUCUCUUAGAAAUGAUAUGCAGAAGAGAUAGGUUGGAUAUGGGGAAAAUUGUUGUCUUCGGGGAUAAAAUGGCUACUGAUAUAAAAUUAGCAAAAAAUUAUAGCGCAGCAAGUGUGCUUAUGAUGACAGGAGCAGAAACAAGAGAAAGCUAUAAAAAAUACGAUUUUGAGCCAGACUAUGUUUAUGACUCAAUGGAAGAAUUAUUAAUUUAG